UUUUGGGCGCUGCUGGUGCUUGGAGGUGCAGAACAUGGCGUAGCAGCUCAUCCUUCACCCUCGCCUUCGCCUUCACCUGGUCCCUGACGGCCGACGACGAUGCCGGAGCUCGACUCCGCCGCCGCGGUCGAUCCCGCCGACCACCUCCCGCUCUCCCUCAUGCGAUCCGAUGUCAUCCCUCCCGCCCCGACCCGUUCGCCCACCGGAUCCACCAUCGACUGGAUCCCCGACCUCGCCGGCUACGCCUGGGUCGCCUACGGGGCCUCCUCUCUCCUGGUGAUCUCGCACCUCCCUUCUCCCCUCUCCGAGGCCGAGCCGCUCAUCGCCCCCUUCCUCAGACAAGUCUUCGACCUCCCUUGCCCCGUCUCCUCCGUCUCUUUCUCCUCCGACGGCCGCGUCGCCGCCGCUUCCGGCGAUUGCGUCUUCAUUUACUCGCUCGAAUCCUCCAGAUUACUAGGUUCUUUUUGUUGGAGCCAGAAUGCAGUACUCAGGCAGUCUUCAAAGGUGGAGGCGGUCAAGUGGACCGGAUCAGGGGAUGGAAUUAUUGCAGGUGGAAUCGAGGUGGUGUUGUGGAAGAACAAUAGCAAUUCCUGGGAGAUUGCUUGGAAGUUUAAAACUGAACAGCCGCAAACUCUGGUUUCUGCAACUUGGUCCAUUGAGGGACCAUCAGCAGCAGCUCCUUAUCUGAGUAAGCAGCAUCUUGGUGGAUCAUCGGACAGUGAGGAGUGCAAACAUGUUUUAGUUUGUCAAACUAAUCGGAAAUCUGAAUACAUGACGGUUAACCUACUUCAUCCUCAGCCUAUCCUCAUGAUUGAAUGGAGGCCAUUGGAAGGAGGAUGGCUUAAGGGAAAUCUGAAAGCAAGACAUGUCCUUCUAACAUGCUGCUUGGAUGGAGCCGUGAGGUUAUGGAGUGAGAUGGAUUAUGGACGAACAAGAAAGAUGGAGAAGGACACCAAGGAUCCCAAGUUCAUACGGCAUUCGUUUUGUGUUGUUGCUGUAAUCGAGACAAACAUGGUUCUUGGUGCAACUCUCGGUGAGAGCUUUUUUGUUACUUGGGCAGAAGAAAAGAGGGCGUUGUUUAAAAUUGGCAAAGAAAGUGGCCAGAUUUUCCCCACGGAGUUUUCUGAGCAUGAAAAGACUGGCCGAUGUGAAUGGGUAGUAGGCAUUGGUCCAGAGUUGAAGAUUACAUUCUGGGCAAUCCAUUGUCUUGAUGAAUUUUCUCCUCUUAGGCACCCUCGGUUGACAUUAUGGAAGUCAAAGGACCUGCAGUGUCUUGACUCGGGGCAUCUUCACAAAGUCUCAUAUUUGAAUAUCAAAGAUCAACACCCUGUGAAGAAAGCAAUCAUCUCAAGGAAUAAUUCAUCUGGACCACCUGUUUUAUGCUCUUUUAUUCACCUUUCACCCUGCAAUUCGAUGGUUUGGUUGCUUCUGUACACUCAGGUUGCAGAUAAUGUAAGAGAUUUGUCUCUUGGUACUUCUCCAAAAGAGAAGUUUUUAUCAGGUUCUGCUGGUGGUGAACUAGCUAUAGAUGGUCAUUCUGAAAAAAUCUUACGAGUUGCUGUGCAUCCUAAUCACUGCGAAGUCAGAUUAGCCGCUUCCUUGGAUUCUAAUGGUUUGCUCUUAUUUUGGUCAUUUUCCACCAUUACCAAUGAGUUUCCUGGGUUUCCAACCACGAUUCCCUCGUGGAAGCUCUCCGGAAAACUUGUGACACAAGAAAAAGGGCCAAAAUAUACCAGCUUGGUCUGGGCACCUUUAGCAAUGAAUGAUGACUGCAUUGUUCUGAUGGGAUAUCAUGGUGGGAUUGAUUGCUUUGUGGUUAAAGUUUCUGAAAAGGAAGUGCAAAAAGUAGAAUGUCACAGAUUAUGCACUAUUCCUUUUUGUGAUAGUGUUGCUCCUGAAGAAGGCCCCACAGAUAUCUUUUCAAUUCCUCUGACCAACAAAGACUUCAAAUAUGAUGGCUUCAUGCUUUUGGCUGCAUGGAUUAAUGGGUUUUAUACGUUAUCAUGGGACAUUGCUGUACAAUACUAUGAUUUAUCUGGACGCAGUCGUGAAUGUGAUUUUGAGACCAACCACCCAGCUUGGAGCAGCAUGUCAAAAUUUGAGAGUAUUUUUUGUGGCAAAGGAUAUUCUAUUCUCGUAUCUCCUUGUUCUCCACAAUACCCUGAUUCUCACAACCGUGACGCUAUCACCAGUUUCUCCAUAGUAAGUCCUGGUCUUUCCUUAUCAUCUAUACGACAGGAUUGGAAGUGUAUUUAUGAUGAACAGUGCAGCAAUUCUCCUGCAUUUGUGAUGGCAGCAGGCUGCAGAGAUGGUAGCUUGAAGUUGUGGAGAAGUAAUGGGACUGAAGUAUCUGCUGCCACUGUCAGAUGGGAGCUUGUGGGUAUGGUUGCUGCACAUCAAAAUUCGAUUAGUAAAGUGUGUCUUACUGAUUGUGGUCAGAAGAUUGCAAUCAUAUGCAGGGCUAGUAAUUCUGAUACUGUCGGUACUCUAAGUAUAUGGGGCGCUGUUAAUAUGAUGGGAGCAGGACACCUAUUGUUAGAAGAUACGGUAUCCCUGGAUGGAUGUGUCAUUGCUAUGAAGUGGUUAGCAUUAGGUAAUGGCCAACAGAUUCUUGGAGUAUGCAUGCAAGAUAAAUUGCAGGUUUAUGCAGAAAGGCGAGCUGGUAGUCAGAGUUUGUUGAAUUCUGGAAAGCCUUAUCAUAUGCAUAUUUGGUUUUGCAUUGCACAUGCUCGCUUAUCAUCUCCUGCGUAUGACUUUAUUUGGGGUCCCCAGGCAACAGGUGUGGUUGUUCAUGAAAAUCACAUCUGCUCAUUCAGUCAGUUGUUAUUCCUUGUAGAUAGUGGCUAUCUGGGGAAUUCUCAUCUAGCAGUGGAAAAUAAUAUUCCAUGGAAUAGUGAAAGAGGCCCAAACAUUGGCAUUCUUGCUCCAAUUUUCACUGAUCUUGACAUUCAUAAAUUUGAAAAUUUAUCAGUUGAAAGCAGUGGCAAGUCAUGGACCUCUGGGACUGCUAAAAAUUUGAGCUUGAAUUGUGAUCUUCUAGCCAGUUGUCUAUGUGUAGAAAGGGCUACAUCAGAAUAUUGUUUUCCUACAAAGUUCAAAUUCUGGAGCAUGUUAGAAAUACUGGAGAAGUUGUGUGGAUCUCUUCCUUUAUAUCAUCCACAGGCUCUCCUUUUUAACAUAUUUUCAGGCAAUUGGAAGCGUGCAUAUCUGGCCUUGCAGCAUCUUGUUGCACAUCUUUCUUCCGAAGCUCAUGGGAAGAGAGCCAAAUCACGCCAAAUUGUUCCACAAAUAGUUCUGUCAAGUUAUCUUGAAGGCGUUGCUUUAGAAAGUUCUCCAGCCAGACAAAUUCAGUGGAGUGGAGGUGCCACUUCAAUAACAUCAUCCUUCAGUUUUGAAAGAGGCUCGACUGAUUUAUCUUCUAAGUUUGACUAUGAUGCUUCCAGUAAUAGACCUAAUUCCUUGUCAUUAAAAUCUGAACUUAGUAGCUCCAUCAACACUCUUGAGAGGGGGCACGAGUUAGAAGCUAUGUCACAAAAAGAGAAGAUGGAAAUUCUAGCAAUUAUUGAUCUUCUCAGUGAAGUCAAUCAUUCGCAUUCUACCUCUGUUUAUGAAAGUCUUGAUGAGCCUGGACGAAGGUUUUGGGUCUCAGUGAGAUACGAACAACUUCAUUUCCUCCAAAAGUGUGGAAGGAUGGCAUCAAUGGAAGAGUUAGUCAUUGAUUCUGCAUCAAUUUGCUGGGCCUUUCACUCUGACUGUCAGGAUAAUCUAUUAGAUUCGUUUCUCUCAAAUGCAUCUUCUUGGCAAGAAAUGCGAGCUAUUGGAGUUGGACUUUGGUUAACCGAUGCAUCACAAUUGCGUGCAAGGAUGGAGAAGCUGGCAAGAUCACAAUAUUUAAAGAGAAAAGAUCCUAAAGACUGUGCACUUCUAUAUGUAUCAUUAAACAGACUUCAAGUUUUGGCUGGCCUGUUUAAAUUAAGCAGGGAUGAGAAGGAUAAGCCUUUAGUUGGAUUCCUCUUUCGCAAUUUUCAGGAGGAGAAAAACAAGGCUGCUGCACUUAAAAAUGCAUAUGUCUUGCUAGGGAGACAUCAGCUAGAGCUUGCAGUUGCUUUUUUCCUGCUUGGAGGUGAUAUUUCUUCUGCAGUGACUGUUUGUAUUAAGAAUCUCGGGGAUGAGCAGCUUGCUCUAGUUAUCUGUCGCCUUGUUGAGGGGUGCGAUGGACCAACUGAGCAUCAAUCAAUAACAAAGUUCAUGCUUCCUUCCGCAAUUGAGAAGGGUGACUACUGGCUUUCCAGUCUUCUAGAGUGGCAGCUGGGGAACUACUCGAAAUCUUUCUUGAGCAUGUUUAAGUGCCGAAAUGGUCCUAUCGCAAAUGAAUAUACCCCAUUGUCUAAUCACGUUGCCUUUCUGGACCCAAGUGUUGGUUUAUACUGCAUUCUGCUUGCAGCUAAGAAUCGUAUGAAGAAUGCUGUUGGGGAGCAGAAUGCUGCAUUUUUUGGGAGGUGGGCAUGUCUGAUCACAGCUACUGCCUUGAAAAGAAGUGGGCUUCCUCUUGAAGCUAUGGAGCACUGUUCUUCUCCAAGCUUUGACAGGGGAUGUGAUGAUUGGGGCAUGUUCAAUAAUGGGCUUUCUGAAGUUCUACUGAGCAGACCAAAAGCAUCCAUGAAUAGUCCCUCAAAUUGGCUGUCCAAUGAUGCAUCCACCCAUUUGGAAUCUCAUUAUAAACUCGAUUGUGCACUCCAACACUUCUCAAAAUUAAUUAAAGAACACCCAUCUUGGCCAUACUCAAGUAUGGGAUCUGUUGGAUCUAGGUCAUACUUUGAGUAUAAGAUGCAUGAAUUGAAGAAACUACUGCCAGAGUUCCGAGAUAAGCUAUAUGCUGGCUUGGAGGUUGUUGAGCAGAAGUUCUCUGUGGAUGCUGCCUCUCUUCUUAGCAUGAUAUCACGGUUUGCAUACUAUAAGGGCUCCUUUUUGAUUGGAUUUGAUCUAUUACAAGGGUAUUAUUGUCGGCAAAAGACUUAUGAUGGGAAUGAUCUGCUUGGCAGUCUAGAACCCUCUCAUCCAAAGCUUCCAUUGGCAGCAGCUGCAGAAGUUUCUGUCUUGUCUUUGCGAUUCAUUGCAGCCUGUAGUAUAUCCUUCUCUCUACUGGAUUCACAUGAUUUCAUGAAGACUGAGCGGGAUGAAAUAGGAUCCAAAUUGUCAGUUGCUGGGGGAAUUCUAUUUCAAACUCUUAUACUUCUAUUUAGGAAAUUACGAGCUGUUUUCCAGUUAUCUUUGAACUCCAAUGAUGCAGACUUUAUCACGAAACCUUUUGCCAUACUUGAUUUAUUCGAGUAUUUUGCUCAUUUUGCUUACAUUUGGUUUCAGAGGAACUUAAAAGCUCUCAGUUUGAUUUUGCAACCCCUCACAGUUUCUCUUUUCAAUGGUCAUACAACUCACAAUGUGGAUAUGGAAGAUCUAUCCAAAGUUCUCCACCAAAUGGAAAAUUUUUUAUCUGAUACUGCCACUGUCGAUACUGUCAAAUGUGAUCCACAAUCAACUGGAAGUGUGAAAGGCGAACAUGGAGGAGACAUAGUACACAUGAUUACUGAAGAUGAAAGAUGGCAAAUUUUGGGAUGUUCGCUAUGGGAACAUAUGUCUCGUUUUAUGAACCAUAAGCUGAAUUUCAUGUUGGAAACAGUUCAAGACAGACACCUUUUUGGUACUUCUCUUAGUGAACUUUGUUCAAAAGUAUGCAGUUCUGCUUAUCUUGAAGCUGAUGACAAGAAUAUGAGAGAACAGAUUGAGCUGCUAUCAGUUUUUCUGGUCCAGUCACUGAAGACAAUUUCUGCUCAUGUUUCUUCAUAUCACACUAAACAACUUGCAGCCCUAGUGCAGCAGAAAGUUGACAAUGGAUGGCCAGCAAUGACUCUUGUGUGGUUGCAAAAGUCUGAUCUGACUGAACCCAGAUCUCUCCAAACUCAUCUGAGCGAUACUAAUACUAGUUUGGAUCCAGUUAACAGUGAUACUGAACUAUCAAUGUACGAAAAACUAUGGACUUUAUGGGCUGAUCGUCAUAUUAUAUCAGACAGUUUUGCCUUGGAGAAAAUAAAUUGGUUAGAAUAUGUAAACACUAAAUCUUCUAAAGGUUGGACACGAGUACAUGAAGGGAUGACAUUGGAGGAAAAUGAAUCGAGGAACAAUGGAAGUAAGUGUAGCACUGAUUCUACCAGCAGCGUGAGUGGGUCUCUUUCUAAGGGAUUAUUUUCAAAUGGCAACUCUUUGUUGAGUUCUUGGCAUAAAGAACCCAACCUUAUGAAGGAGAUCACUCAUUUUCAAAAUCCUAAAGAUAUUUUAAAGAGAAAUGGCGAGCUCAUCGAGGCAUUAUGCAUUAACUCCAUCAAUGAGCGGCAAGUUGCAGUUUCUAGUAAUAGAAAGGGUAUAAUUUUCGUCAACUUGGAUCAAGAAUUACCUUAUAAAGAAGGAUUGGAGCAUGUAUGGUCAGAAGCUGAUUGGCCACAGCAUGGUUGGGCUGACUCUGAAUCCAUUCUUUGGAGCAAAACAAGGUCACAUCUGGGAUUUGGUGGAGCAACUACGGGGAUGGGAUCUUUGGCCAUGCCGGGGAGAGACCUGACAGGUGCUGUAGCAUUUGGUAUUCCAGGUUAUGCUGGCAUUGGUGCCUCUGGCUUAGGUUGGGAAACUCAAGAUAAAUUUGAAGAGUUUGUUGAACAAUCAGCUUACUUGGAAACUGUAAGAACUAGGGCUCUUUCUAGUCACCCAUCCAUGCCGUACUUCUUGGUUGGCUCCAGCAAUACACAUAUCUACUUAUGGAAGUUUGGUGAGGAAAAAGCUAUUGCUACUUAUGGGGUGCUGCCUGCUGCAAAUAGCCCUCCACCUUAUGCUCUUGCAUCUAUAUCAGCCUUGCAGUUUGACCCUUGUGGACACAGAUUUGCUACAGCCGCAUUAGAUGGGACCAUAUGCUCAUGGCAGCUGGAGGUUGGAGGAAGGAGCAACAUUCGUCCGACUGAAUCAUCUCUUUGCUUUAACGGCCAUGCCUCGGACAUUGCCUACGUUAGUUCGAGUGGAUCAAUAAUAGCUGCAGCUGGAUGCAGCUCCAAUAACAUGAAUGUGGUUGUAUGGGAUACACUGGCUCCACCUUCUACUUCUCAAGCCUCUAUAAUCUGUCAUGAAGGUGGAGCUCGCUCUAUUUGUGUGUUUGAUAAUGAUGUGGGAAAUAGUUCCGUUUCUCCCCUCAUAUUGACUGGUGGUAAGGGCGGUGAUGUUGGACUCCAUGAUUUUCGGUAUAUUGCAACCGGAAGGAGUAAAAGGCACAAGAGCUCUGAUAAUAGUCAGCGUAGUUCCCAGGCAACUUUGUCUACUGACUUGACGGUAGGGACUGGUACUAAGUUUGGGGUCGAGAAUGUAGGUGGGAUGCUCUGGUACAUACCAAAGGCGCAUUUAGGGAGUGUUACGAAAAUAUCCCCAAUUGCUCAGACGAGCUUGUUCUUAACUGGAAGCAAAGAUGGUGAUGUCAAACUUUGGGAUGCCAAAAGCGCCAAGUUACUACAUCAUUGGCCAAAAUUACAUGAAAGGCACACUUUUCUACAACCAAGCACUCGGGGUUUUGGCGGAGUCGUAAGGGCUGGUGUUACGGAUGUGCAGCUUGUUUCACAUGGGUUUCUUACCUGUGGGGGCGAUGGCUCUGUAAAGCUGGUUCGACUAAAAGAUUAUGUAUGAGGGAUGCGCUGAAGGUGCAUAAUUAUUUCUGCAAGAGAUAUAUCAACAUCUCCAGAUGGGGUGAAUUCAAGGACGUCGUAUGGGCUUUAUCGUCAACAGUCACAACUGCAACUUUGCACUGUGUUCCCAUUGUUCAGCUCCUAAAGGAUAGACUGUAGCAAGCAAGCUUCCUUUUAGAUUAUUCUGGGGAAGGCAAGUUUUUACCAAAGCAACCAGUUCAUCCAGAACGGGAUUCGAUUGGAGUGCUGGAGGAGAAAGCCAUAUUAUGUAGAUAAAUUCACAGUGCUCUGCUUUGAUCAUCUUUUCCCUUGGCAGCGAUGUUCAUAAAUCACAUUGCAUACCCAGGACAAUGGUUCCUAAUUCCUAUUUGAAGUGUAUAGUUUGUUGUUGAACAAGGGGGUUGAGCAUGCAUCACUUGGGUGCAAGUGUAAUUUUUUUUUCCUACAGAGCAGUGUCCAUAUGUAACUUUCUUGAUGAAGGAACUGUAUACGAAGAAAGAAUUGUGAUUGACUCUCU